GAGGGUGUUUGCUGCCUCGGUACGAAAGAAGUAUCCUUGAAGUAGUGAAGAGUAUUGCGGGAGAAGGCCACCCGGUACCCGUCCCAUCAGGAUAGUACUCGCGCGCCCACAACAGGCUGUACACCGUGUGAACGACAGUGCUUUAUCGACUCAUCACAUGAAUGAGAAUCAAACGAGACAUGGAAGGGUCCAGAAACACCGUUCAAGGAGAGUUGUCAGUCAAACACCCCGUCACCGAUGAGGCCGCGGGGUAUCAGAUCUCUCAGCGCGGCAGAAACCACAACAAACCGACAUUUGACAUCCCCACGAUCCGCGAUCUUGCUCCAGGCAUUCUCUUCGCUGGACGAAGCAACUUCCGACAUGUGACAUGUCACAGUGGUAAUUAAUAUUCUGAGCCGCGAGCCGUAUGGUAUUUCGCUACACAUUAUCUCUG